AUGAUGGAGGAGUCGAAGCUGACGCGUUUCCAGAGGCGGUGCCUGAUGGGCUGCGUGCAACGAGGAGAUACCCUGCCCCUCCAGUGCCACCCCGCAUCCAGCAAAGAGCCAGCGCCUGUUUUCUCCCCACCAGUUUGUCAGCCGAGCAGGCUUUCAGCGAGACCACAUCUCCGACCUGCCAAGGUCUGCCAGGCAGGAGAUGCCUACGCCCGAGAGAAAUUCAAGCCGCGGGCAAGGCGAGAUUUGGAAAAGGAGAAGCAAAGGCUCCAAAACAUCUUAGCGACAGGGAAGGAUGUGGUGGAGGACAAGUUGAAGCAGACGCUGGUUCAGACAAAGGAAGAGGAGAUACCCGAGCCGGACCGGUUUGAAGAAUUGGUAAAUGAAGUUCAGGAGAGGAAGGAGUUCCUGGCAGAGAUGGAAGCUCUAGGACAGGGCAAGAAGUACCGAAGGAUUGUCCUCACUGAAAUCUCACAGAAAAUGCGUGAGAUGGAGAUCAUUGACAAGAAGAGAAGUGAGGAAAUGAGAGAGAUUGUGGCAAAAGACAUCCCUGGUGGGAACCAAUCCAAUCCCCACGACUAG